AUGAACGUCCCCUUCGAGGGUAAACGCGUUCUGGUGACGGGGGCUGGAUUAGGUAUCGGUCGAGCCGUUGCCCUCAGGCUGUCAAAGUUUGGGGCCAACGUGAUCGCCGUAUCCCUUCCCGACAAGAGUUUCGAUACUCUUUCGAAGGAGGAUCCUAAAAUCGAGAUAGUUAAGUUGGAUUUGGCGGAUUGGAACGCGACGAAGGAUGCUCUGCAGAGUGUGACACCUGUGGAUCAUCUUGUUAGUAAUGCGGGAAUCCUUAUAACACGCGCCUUCCUGGAUGUACUGGCUAAAGACGUCGACGCGUCAUUUAGCGUAAAUUUCAAAGCUGCUAUUAACGUUUCUCAAAUUGUAGCUAAGGAUUUGAUAGCUAGAGGAAAAGCCGGAAGUAUAGUGAAUGUUUCAUCUCGACUCAGCCGGGUCGCUGCUCAUGAUCAGACUGCUUACUGCUGCACUAAGGCAGCCGUUGACCAGCUUACGAGAGUAAUGGCCUUGGAAUUGGGUCCCCACAACAUCAGAGUGAAUGCAGUCAAUCCUGGUCUUGUAAUGACCGAUUGUAAUCGCCAAGCAUACAGCGAUCCAGAGAAGUCUGCCGCAUUGAAGAGCAAGAUUCCGCUUGGCCGUUUUGCUGAGGUCGACGAAGUUGUUGACGCGAUAAUCUACUUGCUCAGCGAUCGGAGCUCAAUGAUCAACGGUGUGACGCUACCGGUUGACGAAGGUUCCUUGGCUACUUGA